AGCCGGCGUGACAACCAUGAGAAGAAGCAAAGCAAGCACAUUUAUGAUUUUUAAUGCAAUUGGAAACCUGAUCCAACCACAUCCAAACAAAGAAUGAAGAAAGACUGCCUGCCUUGGGAAUUAUAAACAAACAAAAUAAAAUUGGACUUGGGAAAUUGGCGGGGCAGAGCCCAAGGGAAUGGAAAAUUGGCAGGCCUGGCCUGAUUCUGGGAAGGGCUGCAACCUGCAGGCUGCGCGUGCGAGUCCUUGCCUGCUUUUGCGCGUGAUCCUAUACUAUAUACUGCAACUCCGCCCGCCGCAGGCCUACCCAAUUGUAAUUUUAAAACCAUCUCUCUUUUUUUAUAUUUCAAUUAAAAUUAAAAACCGGUUUAAUUAUAUGAAGAUGUGUAAAAUCUAAAAUCACUUUUGUAGAGGCUAAGACUACUGGGAGAUUCAAGUUCCCAAUGGUAUUUCCUCUUUUGGUUCGAUAUCAGGCCGUUGGGUUGAGAGUAGCUUUCUUGGGCUUUAUGGCACAAGCCCAAGCCCAAAACGUUAAAACAAAAAAUUCAAGACUCCAAUAUCUCGCAACCAACAAACAAACCAUUCUGCCCUUUGAGCCCAUAAAAGGCUAUUAUGUCUCUGGGAGGCCCGAGGCAUUCCAGAGCCCACUCGAAAUAUCUCGGAAACUUUACCAAACAGCCCGAUGGACCCAGAGAGAGAAACGUCAAGAAGUUUCUCCAUAAAGCUUCUUCAACUUCCCUCAAGAAAAUGACAGAAGAAGAAGAAGACACCAGAACUCACUGGGAGCACCCCACCGCCUCUCCCAUUGCCUUCAUAUAAAUAGCACUACCUCCCUCUCGCUAACCCACAAAUCCAAUUCAGCAAGAAUUAGUUACCUUCUAGAAAUCAAUCCAAUCAAGCAAACCUAAUUUCCUUCAUUCCCCCAAUUUCACAAAAAACAGAGAGAAAUGUCGCUGAUUCCAAGCUUCUUCGGGAACCGCCGCGGCCGCAGCAGCAGCGGCGCGUGGGAUCCAUUCUCGGCUCUGGACGCCUUCGAUCCCUUCAGGGACUUCCCGAUCAACUUCCCCUCGUCGGCGGCUCUGAUCCCUGGCGGCGGCAGCGGGGAGAACAGCGCGUUCGUGAACACGAGGGUCGACUGGAAGGAGACGCCGGAGGCGCACGUGUUCAAGGCGGACCUGCCGGGGCUGAAGAAGGAGGAGGUGAAGGUGGAGGUGGAGGACGACAGGGUGCUGCAGAUCAGCGGGGAGAGGCGCGUGGAGAAGGAGGACAAGGACGACACGUGGCACCGCGUGGAGAGGAGCAGCGGGAAAUUCGUGAGGAGGUUCCGGCUGCCGGAGAACGCCAAGAUGGAUGAGAUUAAAGCCGGGAUGGAGAACGGGGUGCUGACCGUGACGGUGCCCAAGGCCGAGGUCAAGAAGCCCGACGUCAAGGCCAUCGAGAUCUCUGGUUAAUUGAAAGUUCAACUAAAUCCCAUAUCGUUGAAUUUGUGCAAUUUGAUGUGUUGAUCAAUAAUGGGAUCGAUGGAGCUGGGAGUUUGGUCUGUGUGGUGAUGUAAAAGAAUAUGGUCAUGUGUUUGUCGUUUUUUUUUUUUUUUUUGGUUAUGUGAUGUAGUUUUCGGCUGUUUUGGUGAUAAGAGUGAGGGUUGUAAUAAAUUGAGUUGAUAAACAAUAAUGAAGAGGCUAGUUUUCC